UACGUCAAACCGACUGCCGAACUGUCAAAUGAAAAAUUUUUAACAUAACUAUUUUCCAUCACAUAAAAAUCCGUAAUAAUUUCGGCAAAAAAAUGGAAAAAAUAAAUAAACUUCUUGCAUUUACUGUCCGUGCCAACCAAAGAUCCAUCUCCACAUCAGCUGCUCUAGCUGGCAAACGUAAUUUCCGCAAAUUCCCGACCUACAACAAGCGCGGAACUCGCAACGUCAAGGAAGCUCAACGAAACUCCCUCAAUCCACCAGUCCCAGUCUAUAAACGUGGUGUCCGUGACACUGGAGUCUAUGUCAAUGGAAAAUUCCAAUCCAUUCCUCAGCGUAUUCCCCAAUUGGUUGUACCCAAUUUGGAAGAUUGCAAGUUGAAGCCCUACGUCUCCUACAAGGCACCCGAUGUUGUGCAAUCAGAAUUCACCAGCCUAGAUUUGUACAACGCAGUGUAUGCCCAGAAGGUUAUAGACGACUUCAAGGCUGGAAAACUAGCCGAGGAUGGAAGCCCAUUGGAACCCUCCCAACAAGAACUGCUCACCCCCGAGGAAGCCCUAAUGAAAGCAAGAAAAACCGGAUCUGAUAUCUUCUAAUUGCUUUAUUAAGUAAAAUAAUAUCUAGUUUAUUCUGAAAAUGCCUUCUGCCGGUAGUUGUAUAGUUUCUUGAUCCAUUUUUCCAUUUUCUUUUUUUCAUCUCCAAUAAACUGCAAAAUAAAUAAAUAAAAUUGAAAUUAAA